AUGUCGGCACCCGAUCAGCCUCCAAAGCGCCCCAAUGAAAAUGACGGCAACGGCGCCGUGACAACCAAGCGUGUACGCGUGGAAGCCGCCGGCGGCGCCGCCGCCGCCGCCUCUCUUCUGACACCACCAGCAACUACGCUAACGACUGACUCGGCAUCACUAGCAACUGCGACAUGGACUCACUCGGCAUCACCAGCAGUCACAUUGAUGACAACAACAGCACAGACCCAUAACGCGGUACAAACUCACGCUGGACCAUCCACGAACCCUCAAGAGUUGCUUGGCGCUGUACUUUCCCAGCUUGACGCCAACGGGAAGGUGGCUGUUUGGCAGCUCUUGCGUGAGAACGAUCAGCAGCUACUGGCUAAAGAGCAGGAGCUACGGGCUAAAGAGCAGGAGCUACGGGCAAAAGAUCAGCAGCUACUGGCUAAAGAGCAGGAGCUACGGGCUAAAGAUCAGGAGCUACGGGCUAAAGAUCAGCAGCUACUGCUUGAGAAAGAUCUGCGGCUGUCUGAGAAAGAUCUGAAAGAUCGGCAGCUGUCUGAGAAAGAUCAGGAGCUGGAUGAGCUGCGUCAGACAAACGAGCAACGGGAUUUUGUCAAAGACGUUACCUUUUUGUCUGAGAUCGGAUCGAGCACCAACGCUUCCUUCGUACAGCGUUUUGUCACGCAGUUUUGCAACGAUGACUUGCAGACCGAUCUCAAUCGAUUUCAACUGCCACACCUGAGCAACCUUGCAGCACUUGAGCAAGAGUUGGACAAAGUCAGGAAUCUCGUUAACUCGUCGACUAUGAACCAGUCGACUGUGAACUCGUCGACUAUGAACCAGUCGACUGUGAACUCGACUUUUCGCGAAACGAGCAUGCAUUGGGCCGUUGCCGACUACUGCCAGGCCGUCUGCGAACAGGUUGGCGCGAAACUCAACUUUCACGCUCACAAUAGCACGUUAUCUGCACCUGAUGUAUUUUCGUCCACUUGGGCAGUUGAUCGCAGUCGACCUGCUUCCCGCACGAGUACUUCAACAGUAGCGUCGGGUGUCACAUUGCCAUUUGUUCCCCCGACAGCGCCGACCCGUUUAGGCACUUCUCGACAAUUUGGCUCGGUUCGACUGUCCGAACUCCUGAUUGACAGUCGUGUGUUUGUCGAAGUCAAGAAGGGGUCGACCGAUGUUCAAGCUGCUCGUUUGCAAGUCGGCAGUUAUCUGGUCCACUAUCAUUUAACAGGUAGUGAGAAGAACUUCAACGCGCGCCAGGUGGCAUCCUGGCCAGCCUUUCUCUACGGCCUCGUUUGGUGCGGCGUUGACUACGUCUCUGUCGCUCGCGUUGAUUUAAAGCUGGGUGGCAAGCUCAUUGCACCCAAGGUCACGUUUGCCACAACACCGGAACCAGCACGAGCGGUUCUUUUUGUGGUGUGGCAAGCUAUCCUCGCGUACAACGCCUCUGUUGCGAAUAAUGCACCAUCAGACAGCAGUGACCCUCGUUCUUGGGAUUGCAACUUUGGUUUUACGCCACGCGCCGCAAAUCCAGGCGCCGCAGCUCCAGGCCAGCCAGACAAUGCAGCCGGCGGUGGCGCGCUCGCUGGUGCAAGUGGAGGGAAUGUCGUCGCGACCGACUCCAUUGUUCUCAAUUUGACGACCGGCCCGCAACCUCUGCUCGAUGCCCAGGUCUUUCAUCGCGAUUUCAUGUUCACCGGCAAGCUCCGCCUGAACUCGAGCGAGGAAUUCACCAACGUGGUGGUCAAGGUUGCAGCCGCAAAUCGCAAGGCGCUCACAGAACAGCUGGCGCGAGAGGGGAUGGCGCUAGCCCUUCUCAACCGUGACCGAAUGCAGGCUGCUGCACAUGGCAUUCCCGAGCUGCUAUCGUUCUGCACUGUCACUCUCGGCGGAACCCCUGGCCUGGCGUUGGUCACGGGCCUCAUUCCUGGCCAUAGUGUUGACUGGCAGCAGCACCAACCGUAUGCGGCCAGCAUUGCGUCGCAAGUUUGCGACACUCUUCGCUGGAUUCAUGCGCAAGGUGUGGUGCACGGCGACAUUCAUCGUGGAAACCUGCUCGUCACCGAGACGAAAUUACCACUGACUCCACCCGCCUCACCGCCCAAAGGCGCCCUCGAGCCGCCGCCCAAAGGCGCCGUCAAGUUACCACCUCACUCAAUCACGUUGGUCGAUUUUGGGCUUUCUUGCUUCCUUCCAGCUGUGACACGCGAGCAUGUGCAGGCAGCACUCUUGGCAGCGCCGGUGACGGUUGCAGCUGCUCAGGAGCUCCAACCGUGGCUCGGACAUGUCGAGGCCAACUCGUGGAGCCAGUGGCCAGGCCACUUUUACAACAUUGCGCGCAGUGAGAGGGUCGCCACUCCGCAAGCCGACUUUCUCGGUCUAGGCUUGCUGGUUGUGUCUCUAGAGAUCGGUGGCACACAAGUCCUGAAGCAGUGGGUACGUCUGGACGACUCUGAAGACACUGCGACUCGUACUCCGCGUCUGCGUCGCUUCCUGCGAGAUCAAUAUCAGCUCCGUUCACUCCUCGCGAGACGCACCGCAACUUUGACAGAGGUUCAGAAGAUUGUUGCGCUUGCAGACGGAGAUGUGUCAAUUCCUCCGGCUCCGGUGUAA